AGCUAGCUCUUGCAGCUCUCUCUUCUUCUGUCUGUCUCUCUCUCUCUCUUUCUCUCUCUGUAUGGAUAGACAAGAAAGAAAGGAGGAAAAUAAGGAAGAAAGAGAGAGAGUGGGAGAAUUUAUGUUUGAUUUUUGGGUUUUUGGUUGAAAUUGGUAAUAGUAAUAAUAAUAAACAAGAAACAAUAAUAGUCAACAAUCACAAGAUGGGGUGUUUUCGCUGUACUGGGCAAUCAAGCAAGCGAUCAGAGAGGAGCAACAGUAAUAGCAUUAAACGCAACGAUCAAACACGACCCGCUUCAGGACAAUUGAAAGUAAAGCCAUUUGCAAAUGUAAAGAAAGAGGAGACUUCUAAUGAUGAUCAAUUAUCAUUGGAUGUAAAGAAUUCAGAUUUGAUGGAUGAAGUUUCUAAGGGUGCGAGAAAUAAUGGGAAGCUCGCCCAAACAUUUACCUUCGAGGAACUUGCAGCCGCAACAGGCAAUUUCCUGUCAGAUUGUUUCUUGGGUGGAGGAGGUUUUGGCAAAGUUUACAAGGGGCACUUGGAUAGAAUCAACCAGGUAGUUGCUAUUAAGCAACUUGAUCGAAAUGGCCUUCAAGGGACUAGGGAGUUCGUAAUUGAGGUAUUAACAUUAAGUCUAGCAGAUCAUCCCAAUCUUGUCAAGUUGAUUGGAUACUGUGCUGAGGGGGAUCAGAGGCUACUGGUGUAUGAGUACAUGCCAUUAGGAUCCCUAGAAAACCAUUUGCAUGAUCUUCCACCUAAUAGGCAACCACUUGAUUGGAACACAAGAAUGAAAAUAGCUGCUGGUGCAGCAAAGGGCUUAGAGUACUUACACAAAAAAAUGAAACCUCCUGUUAUAUAUCGUGAUCUGAAAUGCUCAAACAUUUUGCUUGGUGAGGGCUACGAUCCAAAGCUAUCUGAUUUUGGCUUGGCCAAAGUGGGACCCAGUGGGGAUAAGACCCAUGUUUCUACAAGGGUUAUGGGCACAUAUGGAUAUUGUGCUCCCGACUAUGCAAUGACAGGUCAACUGACAUUUAAAUCAGAUAUUUAUAGCUUUGGGGUAGUUCUUUUGGAGCUCGUCACAGGCAGGAAAGCAAUUGAUCAAACUAGGGAUCGUAGUGAGCAGAAUCUUGUUGCUUGGGCACGACCUAUGUUCAAAGACCGGAAGAAUUUUUCACGCAUGGUUGACCCUUUACUUCAAGGUCUGUAUCCUGUGAGAGGAUUGUACCAAGCUCUAGCAAUUGCUGCAAUGUGUGUUCAGGAGCAGCCUAAUAUGCGGCCUGAUGUAUCGGAUGUGGUUAUGGCUCUGAAUUUUCUGGCUACCCAAAAAUAUGAUCCCCAAGUAGAUCCAGUACAAGGCUCUCACUCAUAAGACAUCAUCUCGUUCUGGACUGAAGAAAGAUAAUGAUAGAAGUACGGGCAAUGUUUCUCCAGAGGCUAAUGGGGGCAACCAAUAAAAUGGUUGAUAGCUUUUUAGUGUUUAUAUACAAGGUUCUUGGUAUCAAUUUUGUAUCAUGGAGAUAGCAGGCAAUAGUUCCAUCCUUGGACCUCUUAUACAGGAAAUUUCUGCCUUUUUUUUUUUUUUUUCCCUCUUCUGGUGUACAUGUGAGGUGGGAUUCUAGUAUCUUUAGGAACCAUUUCGAAAAUCAAUAGACUAGCCUUGAUUAUUCAUAGCAACAAGUCCCCUUUUCUGGUUCUUGAUA